UUGUCUCAUUCUUUCGUCUUCUUCCUCCAUCUCCACAAGUACACGUAGAGCUUAGCAAUAGGCGGUGCAUGGUGCAGAGAUCAAGAGGAAAACACAAUUACAGACUGUCUUUCCCCGAUAACCUAAAAUCUAUAAAUUUAUCUCAACGCAAAGAUCCUUGAGCCGCUGCAGACAGACCUCGCUCUCCGGAGGAAGAAACUAGCGUAACGGUAUCGGCAGUACGCACACGGGGCAGGUAAAGUAGUGGGGAUGGCGCGGUACACAUUGAUAGCACAAAGUGGAGAUGCUAAUUGAAGUGACGGAUAAUAAGCACUCCAGGGAAGGGGAGAUAUUGGGAAAAAAAGAAAUUGUGAGACACGGAGAGGGAGGAAGGGUAGGAGGGAACGAAAACUGGGUCUCUCUCUCUCGUACAAGAGUAAAAGUGAGAGAGAUAGAGUUUAAACUGUGAUCAGAUGCAAUGGCCAGUUCACUCUUGUCUCGUGCCUGUGAAGUGUGGGGUCGGACCACGCCGUAAGUGACACGCCGUGUUGAGGAUACACAAAUGCCACUCAAUUACCGUCGCUUUUCCACCAGUGCUGGAAGAACGUCCAUGCAUUUCAGCCUUAACAUUGGUUUAUCAACUGUGAUAUUUAAUUAUACGAGGAUUGCUUCUUAUGUUAACUACAGUGUUUAACCAACGAACCCAGACAAUUUAAUUCCAAAUUAAUUAAUGUCUGAAAACAAAUUUUUGUACCUGCGGUAGUGUUUACUGUGUAAUUUUGACACUCCCUCCCCUUCGAUUGUAAAGUGGUUCGUCGCACAGACAUGCAACUGCAGUUGACAGUGAAUAGUUGUGGGUGAAAUUGUGUUCCUUUGUGUGCAUAUGAGUGAAGUUUCUUUUGAACAUUUCGUAAGCGAAAAAGCGUCUUCGCGGAUGUCUCACAGAAGAAACAACGGCUUCUCUUACUAUCGCGAAUAAGUUCUUCAGGGGACAACCAGCAGUGUUAACAGAGGGCGUGACCCCUGGGAGGAGGCUGCACCCUUUCUCCCCGAUGAGUGGUGCUGUGGACACCUCUCUAGCGUGGUACUGUUACUACCCGCGGAUUGCGUCCCUGCCCCAUGUGAGGACCAGCCAAAACAAGAUGCGUGAGAAAGACUCCAGCCCUCGCAAGAUGCUGCUCUCCUCAAGUGGACACAGCUCGCCGAAGCAGGCCGCAGUGUACCCCCUGUCCAUCAGGGUACCUCAAGACAACGAGCCGCAGUACAACGCAGCUGAUGAGAUGCCGUUUGAUCUGUCCCGCAACACGCGGUCCGCAGGCCCACACAUGUCUCCGGCUGGAAGGCCACCUCCAGGGCCGGUCGAUGAGAAAGAAGACGACCAACCACUGGAUCUCCGAGUGGAGCACAAGAAGCUGUCGCUGGUCAUGGCGCGCAGAAGGGUCGCUGACGAGAACCAGAACGUGAUACUGCGCUCCCCAUCGCCGCCCUUCGACAAGGGGUCGCAGGAAUAUAACAGAAGGGAUGACGACAAAGAAGAUGGAGCAACGCAGGCGACACCUCCCGGCACCAACAACAUGAAACCCUCGUCUCCUAGCGUAAAACCAUACCCCGUUUUAUUCUCGCACCAACCUCUCCACCCCAUGAUGCUCGAGGCAAUGUACAGGGCCGGGAAAGAUGGUCAAAGAUUACCAAUCUCUUACCCAGUCAGUCCCCCGGGUUACCCUCAACCCCCACGACCCUAUCCGUUCCUCAACACUAACUUGCUCAACGGACAUCAGUCCCCUGGCGUCCCACCUCCACCACCACCACCAUUCGACGUCUUACGCACCCACCAUCAACACCCAGCUCUUCAGAAACAAUACCAUCAUCAGGAUCCUCAGCCCAACGGCAGCGCGCCUAGCUCUGGAGGCGGCAAACUCAAGGACCGAUACGCAUGCAAAUUCUGUGGCAAAGUUUUUCCCAGGUCUGCCAACCUCACGCGUCACCUGCGUACGCACACCGGGGAACAACCGUACAAGUGCAAAUACUGCGAGCGGUCCUUCAGCAUCUCGUCCAACCUGCAGCGUCACGUCCGUAACAUUCAUAACAAGGAGAAGCCAUUCAAGUGUCCACUGUGUGAGAGAUGCUUUGGCCAGCAGACAAACCUGGACCGACACCUCAAGAAGCACGAGGCAGACGGCCCCACUAUCCUGGACGACCGCAGGAGCCCGUCUAUGCCUCAGGUACGCUCAGCAUUCUCUCUGACACAGAGCGUCAUGGGCGACGAGUCGUACUUCGAAGAAAUACGUUCCUUCAUGGGGAAAGUGACAACAGAUGGAAGAAUGGUCAGUUCCCUAAAUCCGCAUCACAGAACGUCCAUCCCCCCAGCAGGCUACCACCUGAACCACCUGCCACACCGGAGUAUGAGUACAGAACCCUUAGUAAGACCGUGUAACUCUCCCCAACCAACAGACACUCAAAAUAGGGAACUCCAUCAAGACAGAAAAAGAAAACGGUCUUUUUCUAGUGACAAAGACAACUUUUCGUCCCGGUCAUCUUCCUGUUCUUUGGCUGGCUCCUCACUGUCUCCGCCACGCACUGCCUCACCCCCCGCACCCCCCGCUCCUCACCAGCUGCCACCAACACCAGAAGCACCGACCAGCCCCGAGGAAGAGUCUUCCUCCCCUACCAACAACACCUGAGGAACACUUUCCAUUUUAACUUUCGCGUGUCUGAUUCCUUCUUGGUUAGCACUUUGAAGAAAUCGAGAGCAGACCCUGGGGCGAUGUGGUAAAACUGGCAGGGCGUGGCGAAAGUAUAACGAGAAGCUUCUGGUGUCACCAUGCCACGGACCAGGAAGAGGUGAAGCCGCUCACCUCCGUAGCAAACUACAGCCAGCAAAUUAUCUUCAGAUUCUGCGGGAUGUUUGUAUUUUAUGAACAGAUCUAUUCGUAAUCUAGUUAUUAAGCAAAUAUGUAAUUUCAUGGCGUUGGAAGCAAUAACUGUUAUGGCUGAUACCUUCUAAGGCCGAUCUCAUUCAAGGUUAUGAAUGCAAGGACUGACUAAAAAUUCAGACUAAUAAAUCACGAAAGUCGAUCAACAGUUCAUAAAUAUUAAAACAUUAAACGAUUACCAAAUUACUGGCAUCAGAACCACAGGCCUGAAACAAGAGCUCCAUCAGAGACUUAAAUGACUAUGGGCUGGACGGCCGUGGUCCUAAUCCCAGUAGGGACAAUGAUUUUUCUCGUCAUCGUCGUUUAUGGGACCAGCACAGUGUCACUGAAUAGGUAACGGGGUGGGGAGAAUGUCAUUCUCUCUAGAUAAACUUUGCGAAGCUCACUAGCACUGAUGCUAUGAAAGCGUGGAGCUAUACCUCCAUUUUUUUGUCGUUUAUUAUUGAAACAUUCCCUGCAAGCCAUUCAAUAACGAAUACGAAGCGGAACUUCAAAUUAGCACCUUAAAUCAGUUACAAACUGACCUUCUGUAACUGUGUACCCCAACUCAUAAAUUCGUUGUUAUAAAAGUUUAAGAAAAGGGUCGAAGGCAGAGCUUCUGACAUCCAGCUUCUUUGCUUACGUUUUUUCUUUUCAAUCUCCCUUCAUACUCAGUGUACAUCAGUGAAAUUCGCGUUCUUGUGUUUGCUAUUACCUGAAUGUCCUCCCUCAAUUCCUCCACUCCGAAGAAUAAAUAAUAAUCACUGCUGGCCUGCAUAAAUUAACUCACACUUGCAGUUCGUGAGAUGUUUACCCAGACACGCCAUUUAUGGAACCCGUAGUGCGGAGUGAGGCGUGGUGCCAACGCAGCGAAUAGCUGAACCCGUCCAGAGAAAUUAGUUCUAUUAGUGUCUAAGUGUAACACACGUAGGAUACUGACACCUGCGCAAACUGCCUGAUCCACAAACAAUACUUUAAAAUUAAUCUUGUCGAGUAAGGAUUUAUAAAUACAUAUUCUGAGUAACUUACUAGAAGUGAAACUGAUUUGCGUAAAAACCUUUCGAAUUCGUGAAGGUCGCAGUCAGUGUUUGAUACAUGAAAAAGGGCUUUAUCUGCAUCAUCACAAACGUCUGAUCAUCAUUUUGUUCGCCCAGCCUCCUGGUUUAACAGUAAAUAUGGCCGAAGCGUGAAGGUAUCCGCUGGGUAAAUCGCAGGGUCUUCAAACUGAAGAAAUGUUAAGGUUUCCGCGUCCAUUUUGUAUAGCAGCUAGGGUGCUACCACUGUGUUUUGGAUAUAGAAUAUUUGUUUUGCAUUCGACAAGAUCCAUGUUAAAUCCGUAAUUUAUCUCUGUAAUGUCACUUUUCUUGUAAUUUAAAUUAUUUCUAUCUGAGAUGUGAGGUUUUCACGGAAGUAAAUAUGCAGAUGAUUGUCUUGCGGAAUGUAUCUGCAGUACUGAAUAAAUUGACAUGUUUCAAAAGGUGCUAACAGCAUCUGCCAUCAGGAAGAUGGUGAAAGAGGUAUUAAGAACCUCUGAAACGUCAGACAUUUUCUUAUCCAGUAAACACGACGUAGAAUCACACAAAACAGUAAUACUCAGGGUCCAUAUUUGUUUAAGUUUUCCAACGUAACUCGGUAGGUUAUUAGCAUGGGCGUACAUACUGUUUCAGCAAUAAUUAAUGUGUCACUCAUUACACACCGUUUACAAAAAUAUACAAGACUUGGAAAGGCAUUCGAACCCGCGAUCCACAUAUAUAGAAAAUGGCGUAAAAUCGUGAGCUGUGACCGGGACCUUAACAUGUUAACGCUCUAUUAAGAAAAGUUUUAAAAAAUUGUAUGACCUCUCCUGUCUGUCGGUGAAUUGUGGUAUGAAGUGGCUUUGGAAUGCACGAAGACAACUGAAGCAGAACAAAUAUACGUAAGACAAUCCAGUUCCCGUCAAAGGACUUCUGCUAACAAGCGUAAUAAGUUAACUCACCGCUUCGUCGUACUACGAUCCAAUCACGUUUUCACUUUCAAACGGAACCAGAUUUGUAAAUAGAAAUUUAAAAAAAAAAAUACGAAUAUACAUAAUUGUUUAAUACACACGACGAAACUCGAUCACUGGAGGAAGAUAUAAGGAGAACAGUGUUACAGUUUUCCAGCAACACUUUCAAUACAUCUCUCUCACUUUAACCAUAUCUGGUCUCUUAAAUAACAAAUCAAAAUGACGGAGAAAGUUUCACCUGUAGAGAGCCUUGCUGAAAAAGUAAAAACUAGAACAACUCUGCGCCCUUCUCUCGCUGUUGGUACUGGAGCAGACAAAUGCAGCUACUGUAUGUCGCAUGCUGUGUGUUAGCAAACACUUCACAAACCUGCUCAAACAACGGACAACACAGUUAGUAGGGGCUCUUCACCUGUUGAAGGAAACAGUUUUACUCACGACAAGAAAGAAGCCUUUAAGGCCAGUCUUAACGUGCAUACAGUACAAUGGAAGUAGCUGCAUCGUGUGUCAUGUUAAAACAGCGAAAUUUCGUCAUAUUUCCUAGUUGCAUUCGCACGUUAAUACAUGGAAAUUAAUAAACUUUACAUAAAUUUUACAACAACAAAAAUGUCGGAACUUUCGCUGAGCAGUGGGGGGGGGGGGGGAAAAACACUGUGCUGACAUCUACCGAUGAAUAAAGAAAACGAAAGUACAUUAAGUCAGCGAAAAAUAAAAACAAUUUAAUAUGGAAAAAGAAACAUGAUUUAGGAACGAAUAAGAAAGAAAUGAAAAAUAAUGUUAUUUGAAAAACAAAGCAACAAUACACCUUUCUGAAAGAAUCCUGUUAAAGAUAUAUAACCACUGUAACUCCAGGGAGAAGCAGAUGAACAGAAAUCUGAACGGAACACCUGCCUUCGUGUGAAAGCCCUCGGACCACCGUAGUUGUACGUCUGGUUUAUCACAUUCGCAUUUUUAUAGAGCUCGUCACGUCUUUCCGUGUCAAGGUUCGACUACGACUCAAACAGCUGUCUGCCGACAGGCUGCUGAGAAGAAUAUUUGGACCAAAGGAAGAGACAGUGCCAGGAGACUGAAGUUUAAUUAUUUGUACUAAUCACCAGAUAUUAUUAAUGUGUUCACACCAUGGAGUAAGAGAUAGGAGGGCGACGUAAAUGGGACAGGUGAAAAAGGCAUGUACGGUUUUUCCAGAGAACCUGAAGGAAAGAGACCACUUGGAAAAACGUAGUAGUAGAUGUAAGGGUAUUAAACAAACUGGACCGGAGGAUGCAGGAAGGAUUCCUGAGAUUCAGGAAUAAUACAAGUUACGGCAUCUUGUAAUGCAUAAAUACGGAAAGAUUCUAUACAAACUGACCAACUGUUAGGUUCUUCUGAAAGACACUAGACUGCACAGUUAGCAAUUUGAAAAGACGUUAUAUGAAGUACUUGAAUAAGCCAUUCUGAAAGGGAACUCAUCUGAACAAAAUCACGGAUACAACGAAACGAAUAUCAAUAUUUUCAUAACACUUAAGUAAAAAUGUAUUUAGUCAUCAACUAAAAUGUUGAUCUUUAAGAGGUUAAAGGGACAUAUAAGGAUAACGAGACCAAAUCUAGGGGCACUGGACGGUGUUCAGAAAACUGCAAGGAGGCGGAAACCGAGAAUUUUUGUUUCACGGGCGGCGUUACAAUCCAAAAUAACAAUGCCAUCCUUACCGCCUUGAGAACCUCACAUCUUGCACAUAUAAAACGGACAUUAACAAUGGAAUGUAACAGUAACGAAACAUCCGUUUGUAACUUCAUUUAGCUCUUAAAAUUUAUUCAACAUUUGUGGCCCUUCUAAGUCUGUUUGGACAACUCUUGUAUUGCGUGAGCUCUGAAAAUAAAGUCCCGCUGCGUGUGUAAAGGUCACCAACUUGAUAUUACAUUCGAGAAUGUACUUCACUUGACGCUAGAAGACGAGGUAAUGUAUUUUAACGCGUACGGUGAUACCUUAGGCAGAACUAUUAAACACGUCCUCCGUUCAAUAUACAAUGUUUUGUCAAGACGAACAAAUUGAUCGCCUCGCUUAUUACAACUUGUCGAAUACGAAGGAGUAUAAAAAAAAACACGUAGAAGUUCGACCUUCCAAAGCGAGUAACUCGAAAUGGCGUGCGAUCAUCACAUUUAUAUUUCGAAUUUCCGCGAACAUGCGCAGUGGACUGCAAACGUACUCUUCCAUUCCUUACCCUUGAAACCGCUCAGUCAUUGUAAAAGUUUUUUUUUCUGUCUGUAGUUCUUACUUAAUUAUUUAAAGCACUGUGUAUUUUGCCUAAAGCGUAUUCGUGAGUUUCGUAUGGUUCUGAGAACAAACAGUGAUUAGUUCCUUAAACAGCGUUAACUAGUUUAUCUUUGUAAUGGUAUAGCGUUAUGUUUUCUUUGCGGUACGGACUAAAUUCUUAAAUAUGAUAUCGACUAGAUUCGUGUUUCAAAGAUUUAAAUAAAAAAAUACAUUAAAGUGGACGUCACAGAUUAUCCGUGGCAAGCAGUCCUAUUUUCCUGGAUUAAUUUAUAUUUUAAUAAGUUUACACUACAAAAAAAGCUGCUGAAUAUAAAAAUCAAAUCAAAUAAAACAAAGACGAAUCCCUCGUGACAGCAAGGAAGAGUGGAUGAUGGGCUUAUAGUUACAAACAAAUAGAAAUAUCUGUCAGGAAACUAUAGUCAUCACAAGUUUUUCUCUAGAAACUGCUCUCUGCCACAUUCAUAAAAAGGAUAACAAAACACGAUUAAAAAGGUGUACUGUUUGGAGUACACUGAAAUUCCAAAGGUGUUCUUAAUACCGCAACACGGGCGGUGACGUCAGUAGGUUACUUUGUUGAUAACCACGACUCAGAGCAAACAUUGCACUUAGAUCGCUCUUACUCGAAAGGAAUAACAAAGGCAACAAUGGUAUCUAAGGUCACUGUCGUAACAAUGUACCUCAAUAAUGACCUCGGUUUUACCCUGUUGCAAAAUAAUUUGUUUCAACAAUGACAUUUAUUUUCAAUUUUGCUAUAAUGUUCUGCAAUGACGACGUUGGGUCAUGUGGGAUGCAUAGUUCCUAGGCAAGACGAGACGGACAGAUUGACAGACAGACAUGGAGAAGCUCAUAAGAUGUUCUUCGCUCACUCUAGAGCAUGAAGAACGCCUAUAAAGCUUAAAGUUGCACAUUUCCAUGUCUUGUUCACUCGGCCUCUUUAGUAAUCUGACGGAAUGACAUAAUAGUUUCUAAAUGGGUUUCCUAAUAAAGUCGAAAAGAUAAUUGUCCAAGAAUCGGGGUACCUGUCAUGUUCAAUGUUUUAAUUAGUUUUAUAUAAUAAUAAUGAUGAUAAUAAUAAUGUGUUCCUAUUACAUUUAUGUAUAAGUGCAAUUUCACAAAGUUACCUUAGACUUGAAACAACCGCAUUGUUUUUAGGUUUAAUGGACUUCUUAUCAAAACUGGAAAUAGAAAUUAAUUCUUUGUAAACUAUAAUAAUGGGCGCUAUUCUUAUAACAAAAUUUUUCAAUCAUUAAUAUUUCCAGAAUCAGAAUCUGAAGGUAUGUUUCUCGUGAACAUUACCUGUGUGUUUAACAGAGCUCAGAGCUCGAAUGACUUUGUACCGGAUAAAAGACAGGAAACUAGCUCUAAGAAUAUAUUUUUUUAAAUGUACAAUUAAUAUAUUAUCUUUGUUAUGUCAUGUUUACAUUCGGCCUAUAGCUGAGAUGAAUGUGUGUGUGUGUGUGUGAAUGUAGAGUGAAGUAGAACGUAGAAAUACUUUCCAAAUGUUAGUCUUAUGACGAGCUGUUGAAAGCAGCUAAAGUGGCUUAAGUGCUCCUUCGUAAGCUCUUUACAUAUUUUAUUUUCUAGUACAUUUAAUUAUUAGCUUAAGUAAUUUGUCACUAGAUUCUGUAACCAUUGCUUGAAGAAUAGAGCCCAACGAAAGAAAACUUAAAAUAAGAUACACAGUUUGUAAGACCAGUGGUUGACAUCGCUUACAAACAGAGAAGACAACGGAAACAAAGGAAAGGAGUCUAGCAUUAUUGUCAAAUGAUUGCAGAAAGUUUCAUUUUAAGUCGUCUCUCCCUGCAUACUUCUACGCUGUUGCAAUAUAGCGUGAUCAUUGUAGACGGGCUAACCUAGAAGUCACAUUUAACGAUGAUGCCAAAGUUGAAUAAACAACUUACCAACUUAUUCAUGUGUGUUUUCGUAUUAGUAAAAAAAAUCUCUGGUGUGUAUCACACAGUUGGCAAUGCUUUUAGUACCAUAUCUGCUCUCUCGGUUGAAGAUUCCAGGGUGUUCUUAAGUUACCAAAUUAUAUUUAGUCUCACCCUGGUUGACGUAAAACAAAAUGUGAACAGAUUCUAUUGAAUUUUUGUUGUGCUCAUAGCAAGAUAGCUUAGAAUGUUUCAUUUUUAACUUACAAGUUAUAUUUAUACUUGAUACAAAUUACAUUGUAAUUGCAAUAUUAGAUGCAGUUUUCCAAUAAUGUAUUAGAAUUUAAAAUUAUUUUUAUUAGUAAUAACAUUAAGACACCUUGAUGUUCAUUCAUUUUAUGUUUAAAGAAUUAGUAGUAGUCUGAAGAAUAUUUCUAACACUAAUACUAAUAACAAUAACAAUAAUAAUAACAAACAUGGUUACCACAAUAUGGCACCUGCAGUUUUGCAAUUGCAAGGAAGUGCUAAACACUGCACUAGUCAUAAGAGAAACUUAAAUAAAAGGGGGAAACCAUGAGUUUUGUGUACAUAACAAAAACUUUCGAAUAUUUAAUUUAUCCAUAGCAUUUUAUAAACAUGUAUGUAUUGUUUGGUGAUUACCAGCUACGUAUUAAUUGUAUAUAAUGUAAUAUUGGUGAAAUGAGUGUUACAUACCGAAAAUACAAGUAGAAUAGCUAUGUAAAUUGACAAACUGUAAUGAAAGACAAGAUAUAUGAAACUGCCUACAUGAAAAACGUU